UGGCACAGGGCUCUACCUCACUAUGGCAGCAGCAGCAGCAGCAGCAGCGCGGCACAGCACCCUGGACUUCCUGCUCGGCGCCACAGCUGACUGCAAUGCCAUUCUUAAAGCUCUACAGCCCAUUUUUCAGGAGCAGGGAAUGACAGAAACAGUUCAUAACUGGGAAGACCAUGGUUAUCUAGCAACCUACAUCAAAAAAAAUGGCAGUUUUGCCAAUUUGAGAAUUCACCCUCAUGGAUUAGUCUUGGUGGAUCUGCAGAGCUACAAUGAUCAUAUGAAAGGAAGAGAGGAAGUCGAUCAGCUUCUAAACAAAGUAGAAGAAAGAAUGAAAGAAUUGUUUCAUGGUAAUAUAAAAAGGGUGAAACGAUUGCCAGCCAUUUUGAGAGGAGGUGUCAUUGAUAGAUACUGGCCCACAGCUGAUGGGCGCCUGGUGGAGUAUGACAUAGAUGAAGUUGUUUAUGAUGAAGAUUCACCUUUUCAGAAUAUUAAAAUUCUGCAUUCAAAACAGUUUGGGAAUAUUCUUAUCCUCAGUGGGGAUGUUAAUCUGGCAGAGAGUGACCUGGCAUAUACUCAAGCCAUAAUGGGCAGUGGAAAGGAAGACUACACUGGGAAAGAAGUGCUAAUCCUAGGAGGUGGUGACGGAGGUAUACUAUAUGAGAUAGUCAAACUGAAGCCAAAGAUGGUUACUAUGGUAGAGAUUGACCAAAUGGUGAUCGACGGGUGUAAAAAAUACAUGCGUAAAACAUGCGGAGAUGUCUUAGACAAUCUGAAAGGAGAGUGCUAUCAGGUUCUAAUUGAAGACUGUAUUCCCGUACUGAAGAGAUAUGCCAAAGAAGGAAGGAUGUUUGAUUAUGUAAUUAAUGAUCUGACGGCUGUUCCAAUCUCCACAUCUCCAGAAGAAGAUUCCACAUGGGAAUUUCUGCGGUUGAUUCUUGAUCUCUCAAUGAAAGUCCUGAAACAAGAUGGAAAAUACUUCACACAGGGAAACUGUAUCAAUCUGACCGAUGCCUUGACUCUGUAUGAAGAACAGCUUAGCAGGCUUUAUUGUCCUGUGGAGUUUUCAAAAGAAACUGUGUGCGUUCCCUCCUACAUGGAAUUAUGGGUAUUCUACACUAUUUGGAAGAAACAAACUGACAUCUGAACAUCAAGAUUAUUUGAGAUUAUCCUAAAUGUACAUGCUGCAUGGAGCAUAUAGGCCUGCCACGUGCUGCAUAUUGGCAUCUUGAACCUUUAAAUUAUAUGCUGUAGAUGAUCCUGAAACUUAGUCAUGCUAUUGAUUGUGAAUUCUUUAAAUGUUUUUUAUUAUUAUUUUAAUUUAAAAGCAAAUGGAAAAUGUAUAUUUUGAUGAGCUAGGGUGUUAUUUUUGAAAGUCAACUUAAAGAUGAAUAAGCAGCAAAACUAUAUAGCUGCUGAAUGCACUGAACCUUUAGAAUGUGAUCCUUUUUAUUUUUUUGUAGAUCUUCACAAACUGAUUGAUUAAAAAAGACAUCUUUAGCAUUUCAUUCCUGAAGGGUGGUCCAUGGAGUUUGUUUUGCGUUUUUUGUUUUUUUCCACCAGAUUUUUUUAUCUAUUGGUGCUUUUUAAGGAUGGAGGGGUUUUUGUUUGAUUUUUUUUUUAAAUGAACACGGCAGUGCUUCCAUAUAGAGAAGAAAGACAUAACUAACAAAAAAAAAAGUCUCCUGAAAGGGUACCCCAAAUCCUUCAUUGCAAAGGGAAGAAAGCUAGUCUUAAAUUUUGUUUAUUUACUCUAGUUUUAUUCGUCAUUGCGGUAAUCUCUUCUGCAGGAGAAGAAUCUUUGACCUUUCACCUCAUGGAAUUCUUUAGCUGCUGCCAUAUUGAUUAUUUGGAUUUUGAUAUGGAUUUAACAGUAGGUUAGAGGCACUUUGAACUCUAUCAGCAUGAAAAUUAAAGUGGGUUUUCCAUCCCACCACAGUGCAAGAAAUUGAGUGUAAUAAGGUUCUUGUGGGCAUACACUCCUCAACCUUAUGGGAAGCACUAGGUUCUUGAAGAAGAAAGGUCACUUUAGAGGGCAAAGAAAUGUGGGUGUAAUCUAGAUUGAUGUGCACCAGUAUUGAAUGUUUUGAGGCAAGUAUGUAUACUUCAGUAGGGUAAGUUCUGGUUGUAUUGCUGCAGAUUGACCAUGUUGUUUGGGGCUCUUGCUGAAUUAGAUUCACGUGCAGUGUAAAAAUCAGUGGAAGCUAGGUUGCAUUGUAGUUUUGUUCUGAAAGAUAAAGCAUUUUUCUUUAACUGUUUCUCAUGUUGUCUGAAAAGUUAUAUUUUUGUAAGAAUGUGCUAUGUAUUGACUAAAACUCUGCUUUCAGUGUUUAAAAGAUCCCACUUGAAAGGAGGUAGGAAGGAUAUAACCAUUCUGUGCAUUUCUGUACAUUUCCAAGUUAGAAUAAAAAGUGCACUAUUUCCCUAAACGCUCUAA